GCAGCGAAGCAGGCGGUAGAGUGAGAGCGUGUGUUUACGUGGACCUCCUCCAUCACAGAACCUUCAAUACGAUCCACGCCGCCUGUGGACUUCCAAAAGUGUGAGACAUUUUGACACUGCCCUCCCCCACCCCACUUUUCUUUUGCUUGCAGCGCUCUGGUUUUGGACACUUUAAGAAGGUUGAAGACAAUGCUACGGUGUACAGCGGUGCUACUUGUGCUGGUGGUGGCCUUACAUGUCCUGAGUUCCGAAGGCUACAAGUGCCGGUGCACCAGGAAAGGACCAAAGAUCCGCUACAAGGAUGUGCAAAAGCUGGAGCUCAAACCCAAACACCCUUACUGCCAGGAAAAGAUGAUAUUUGUGACAAUGGAGAACGUGGCUCGCUUCAAGGGCCAGGAGUACUGUCUGCAUCCGAAAUUGCAGAGCACCAAGAAUCUGGUCAAGUGGUUUCACAUCUGGAAGGACAAGCACAGGGUUUACGAAGCCUAAAACCUUGACUUCUUUUCAUCAUCAAAAGAAGAAAACAUCUUAAAAAGAAAAAAAGAAAACAACAACGACCAGGACUGUUUAUGAUGUCACAAAUAUCUGCAGUACAUCACCCUCCUCUUCUGUGGAAGCCAUCAGGAGAUAAACCUAAUAAUAGUUACACUUACUU